AUGAGCGGAACUGGGUUAAACUUGGCUUCUCUCAAGGACAAGGUUUCAUCGAAACUGAAAGAGAACCAGAAGCAACCGAAGAACGGUAAGAAAGCUCCAAAAAAGCAGUCCAAACAGCGUGGGAAGGAUGCUGAAAAGGGCACAAACAGCGCGGCUACUACUUCAAGCGACAAGCAGAGUACGCCCCAGGAUGGUGCCGCGAAAGACAGCGCCGACGACGUACUCCGCCGCGAGGCUUUAGCGCUCGGCGCUUCGGAGAAGGACCUGGAGCUAGUUGCUGGUCUGUCCGACGAUGAUAACGCCAGUGAGCAGGAGUUCGGCAACGCCAAGCAGGACAAUGACACCGCUUUCAACGACGAGUUUCAUAAGUUUUUGAAGAGCGCUGGCAUCGAAGGUGCGCCAGUUCCAGAGGACGUCGACGACGCCGAGGUGGAGCAGGUUGAAGAAGAACAGGUCGAAGAAGAACAGGCCGAAGAAGAUGAGGAAGAGAAAGAGGAAGAGAAAGAGGAAGAACAGAAAGAAGAGCAAAUCAAGAAGCCCACCGCCAAUGUUACCAAAGCUGCUCCCGCUGAACAAGAAGAGGACAAGGAUGACGAAGUUCCACAGCUGAGCGACGACUUGUCCGAGAGUGAACAAUCAGAGGUGGAGGAUGCGGAUGGCCCGUUUCUUAGUCAAGACUCCGAGCCUGAAACCGAGGAAAAAAAGGAAGACAAGAACCUAGUCUCUCAGACCCACAUGGUCAGCUCGGAUAAGCUGCUUUUGCCAUCGGACGUUACCUGGUACCAGAUCCCUCUUGACGCUGAAGCGUACCAAAAAAACGAUCCUUUGCCAGCAGACAAAGUUGACGCCCUUUUCCAGAGAGGCAAAGAUGCAUUGGAGGCAGACAACAGCUUAUACUAUGACGAGUUUACCAAGAACUCAUCGCAGAGAAAGUUUAUGUCCCAGAUCUUGUCGGAUGGUACCCUUAACGAUAAAAUAUCUGCAUUGACGCUGCUCAUCCAAGAGUCUCCACUGCACAACACCAAAUCGCUUGAUACACUGGUUUCCUACUGUGACAAGAAAAGCAGAAAUUCGGCGCUCCAGAGUCUGGGCGCCUUGAAGGAUCUGUUGCUGAAUGGCCUCUUGCCCGACAGAAAGCUCAGAUACUUCAAAAACCAGAACCUCUCUAUGAUGCUGAACAAGAAGACUCUGGCACUUUUCUACUUCGAGGACUACUUGAAGAACCUGUUCUUCAAGGUGUUGCAGGUCAUGGAGAAGCUCUCUCACGACCCCAUCAUCUACGUGCGUAUGCAGAUCAUAACGCACAUAUUCGACCUGCUGACAGCCAAGCCAGAGCAGGAGUUCAACCUGCUGCGGCUGGGUGUCAACAAGCUGGGUGAUAUUGACAAGAAGGUCUCCUCCAAGACCUCGUUCCAACUGCUGAAACUGGAGCAGGCGCAUCCCAACAUGAAAUCGGUCAUCCUGGACGCUACGGUUGACGUCGCGCUGAGACCCAGCGCUGACUACCACACCACGUACUACGCUGUGCUCACGCUGAACCAGACAAUUUUGAAGAGAUCUGAGGAGGACGUCGCCAACCAGCUGAUAAAGACGUACUUUACGCUUUUCGAGAAGUACCUGCUGGUAACAGACUCCUCGAACGUGGAGAAGGGCGACCACGCGCCCAAAAACAAGGACGCCUCGUACGAGAAAAAGAGAAAGAAGAACUUCAAGCGCGGUAAGAAGGGCGGGAAGUCGGUCCAGAACGACAAGUCCGAGAAGGACGUGAUCGACGAGAAAAACUCCAAGCUUUUCUCAGCGAUCAUCACAGGCCUGAACCGCGCGCUGCCUUUCUCUAACAUGCCCGCGACCGUGUACGAGACCCACCUCGACACGCUGUUCCAGAUCACGCAUUCCUCGAACUUCAACACCGCCGUGCAGGCGCUCGUGCUCAUCCACCAGGUCACGGCGCGCGCCCAGCUCAACGGCGACAGAUACUACCGUACGCUGUACGAGAGUUUGCUGGACGCGCGCCUGGUCACGUCCUCGAAACAGGGUAUCUACUUGAACCUGCUAUACAAGUCGCUGAAGAGCGACACCCACGUGGCGCGCGUCGAGGCGUUUGUGAAGAGAAUCCUACAGGUGUGCACCAACUGGCUGAACGUGGGCGCGAUCUCCGGUAUGCUCUUCCUGCUGCUGCAGCUGGCCAAGACCGUGCCACAGAUCAAGAACCUGCUGACCAACACUCCCGCGGACGCCGAGUACGCCUCGGACGCGGAGGAAGGCGCCGAAGGCGCCGACGCCAGCGACGCGGCGUCCUACGACCCACGCAAGAGAGACCCCAAAUUCGCAAACGCGGACCAGACCUCGCUGUGGGAGGUUGCCAGCUUCCUGGACCACUACCACCCUACGGUGCAGAGCUACGCUGCGGCGUUCGUGGAGGGCUCCGACGAGGUCACGAAGCCGGACCUGGGCCUCUACACCCUGGCACACUUCCUGGACCGCUUUGUGUACCGUAAUGCCAAGCAGAAGCCCUCGACACGUGGUUCGUCGAUUAUGCAGCCCUUGGGCGGCGCACACACUGGCGCGCUAAUUGUGCGCGCCUCAGACGCGCACGCGACGGGCGCCGACGAGGUGCCCGCCAACACACAGGACUGGCUUGCUAAGCGCGCCUCCGAGGUAACCCCAGACGAGCGCUUCUUCCACCAGUAUUUUUCCACCAAGCAGACCGCUAUCAAGCGCUCUGAGAACAGCAAGAUCGGAGCCGCGGCGCGCGGCGCGUUCGACGAGGAAAGCGACCUGGACGAGGACGAGGUGUGGGACGCGCUGGUCAAGUCGCGGCCCGAGGUCGAGGACGACGGCGAGUCGGACAUGUCGAUGGACGAUUUGUCGAUGGGCGACAUGUCGUCGUCGGACGACGAAUCCGACGCCGAGGACGCAGCCGAGGACGCAGCCGAGGACUCCGACUCGGACGCCGCCGCCAAGCCCGCCGCCGCCGACUCGGACCCUGCUGCAGCGAGCAGCGACGACGACAAUGCCGAUGACGUUUUCUACAGCUUCGCAGACGACAGCGCGCACGACGCGGCCAGCGGCAAGAAGCGCGCACGUGAUGCAGACGACAGCGACGACAGCGCUGAUGACGCGGCCCUGGCCGCAGCGUUUGACGGCGAGUCCGCUUCCGAUUCUGACUCUGAAUCCGGCCCGGAUCAGACUGACGCGCGCGGCCCUGCGCAGCGCUUGUCACGCAAGAAGCUCAAGAGCCUUCCCGUUUUCGCGUCCGCCUCUGACUACGCGCAGUACUUAGACUCGGACUCAGAACAAUGA